CUUUACGAACACGUCCCGCAAUGCAACGAUAGAAAACAUAUUUACACUCUUCUGUCCUGCCUCCUCGCUGAACGCCCAUCUCAAUGACUUUCUCGCCCAGGCCUGUAUACCACUUUCUCGCCCGCGUCGACUGAUGCCCGGUCUACCUCGUCACCAUCGUUGAGGGCAAGGGCGUCUCCACUCCUCCAUAUACCAUGCUAGCUGUCGGGGACUGCUCCGGUGAGGCUUGCCCUAUCCCGCCGGGCUCUCUGCCGUACGGAGCGACACCGGCAGGUAACGCCUUUAUGCUUGCUGCCUUCGCCGCCCUGAUUCUGCCCGUUAUAUACGCAGGAUUUCGGUACAGAACGCUGGCACACACCUUUCUGCUCCUGGCAGCACUUGCAUUCGAGGUUGUUGGUCACGUCGGCAAGAUCUUCCUAGUCGCCAACCCGACUAGUCACGCCUAUUCCGCCGUCUAUCUCAUGGGGACACACUGGGGCGCCAUCUUGAUCGGAUCCGCUACGAACCUGAUCCUUCCCCACGCCUUGGUUAUCUAUGGCGAGGAGUUUCGCAUCGUGUCGGAUCCCGUCUACCUGAAUAUCCUCUUCUUCGUUCUUGACAUUUUUGCCCUGGCCUUCCAGUCCGUUGGGAUAGGAUUUGCUUCCACGGCUCACACGGCUGCCGAGGUUUCCCAAGGCGCCAGUAUUCUCCUUACCGGCCUUGCCAUUCAAGCGGCCAAUCUACUUGCCUUCUUAGGAACAUAUCGCUAUUUUCGGUACAAACUUUCCCAUCGCCGUUAUAUCCUCGACGACAGAUAUGCCUUCGUGUAUCAAUCCCGCCGGUUCAGAUAUUUCAUGGUUUGCAUCCAGGUGGUUUCGUUCCUGCUCAUGCUCAGAACGUCAGUACGGAUCGCCAUUUUCGCCGACGGCUUGAACAGCCCAUUUGCCAGCUCACAAGUCACCUCGUUCCUCCUCGACGAUACCCCCGUUCUCGUCGCGGCCCUUAUCCUCGCCGUGUGCCCCUCCGGUAAGGCCUUCGGGGCUGCUUGGGCACCAACAUCCCCCAUGGCCACCUCCCCCGACAGGCCGGACACCCUCCCCCUGCGACUCCGACGGCACCGGCGGAACCGAAGUUCCCGCAUCGACAAACGCGUCAUCUCGCUCCCAUACACAUCUCCUUCCGCAUCGCCCAGGUUCAGCCCGGGGUACACGCCGAGAGGGGGGAUGACACCGGGGCUCCCGGCGCACCCUUCGCCGCUUAUGUCGCCGCGGAAUAACCCGGUUCACCAGCGAGCUCCCUAUGAUCUCUCACCCACCCAGGAAGUGCCGUUUAUGGCGCCCCAGGAGAGCCCGGGUCUUGAUUCCGCCAUGUGGAUGACCACGCCGCCUGCUGAUCAUGGGAGGAAAAAAAGGACGAGGGCUGGCUCUGGGCCGGAGGGGAACCAACUGGUAAAAGGGGAUGCUCUAUGGAGUUGAUGAGGU